AUGUUUGUAUUUAAAUUGAUAGAAUUUGCUAUGGUGUUUAAUAAGAGAGACUUGGCGAAAGCAUUUUCGCCAAAUAAAGUUAAAAAGUUAACGAAAAAACGACUUUCGAGUAAUGGAACGAAGCCGAGUACAAAUGAAAAUACAACUUCAUUGACACAAAUUGAGUCUGGUUCACAGACGAGUAUCAAGGUAAUUGUAAGAGUACGACCGCAAAAUGAUCAUGAACUUCAAGGCAGUUGUAGAACUAUUAUAAAAAUCGUUGAUGAUAAAAUGUUAAUUUUUGAUCCUAAGCAAGAGGAAAAUCUAUUUUUUUAUCAUGGUGUUGCUCAAAAAGGUCGUGACUUGCUUAAGAAACAAAAUAAAGAACUGCAAUUUAUCUUUGACAAAAUAUUUGAUAUGUCGUCAAAUAAUUGUGAUGUAUUUGAAGGAAGUACUAAAGAUUUAAUCUGCAAUCUUUUGGAUGGUUAUAACUGUUCCGUAUUUGCAUAUGGGGCCACUGGUGCUGGUAAAACUCAUACUAUGCUCGGUAAUAGUGAAGAUCCUGGUAUUACAUAUAGGACAGUAGCAGAAUUAUUUUCUCAAAUAGAGAGACAGGGUGAACAUCGUGAAUUUAAUUUAGGUGUAACAUAUUUAGAAAUUUAUAAUGAAAAUGUACAAGACCUUUUACAUAAAUCUGGACCUUUACAUUUAAGAGACGAUGGUAGAUGUGGGAUAAUUGUUGCUGGCCUUAAAAUAAUUACUAUUCAAAGUGCUGAUGAGUUACUAACACUGUUAGCAAAGGGUAAUAAAAAUCGUACUCAACAUCCUACUGAUGCAAAUGAGGAAAGUAGUAGAAGUCAUGCUGUUUUUCAAGUUUAUAUUAAUAUCACUAAUAAAUUAGAUGGUCAAGUACGACAAGUUAAACUGUCUAUGAUUGAUUUAGCUGGAUCUGAAAGAGCUUCUGCCACAGGUUGUAAAGGAGCAAGAUUUAAAGAAGGGGCAAAUAUUAAUAAAUCUUUAUUGGCUCUAGGCAAUUGCAUUAAUAAGUUGGCAGAUGGUGCAAAACAUAUAACAUAUAGGGAUUCUAAAUUGACUCGUCUCUUAAAAGACUCAUUAGGUGGAAAUUGUCAAACUGUUAUGAUAGCUAACAUUGCAUCUUCUAGCUUUAGUUAUGAAGACACAUAUAAUACAUUAAGGUAUGCAAAUAGAGCAAAGAAGAUAAAAACUCAUAUAAAGAAAAAUAUUUUAUCCUGUGAAAUGCAUGUAACUGCAUAUAUAAAAAUGGUUGAAGAACAAAAAAAAGAAAUAAAUUAUUUAAAACAAAAGUUAUUGACAUUUGAAAAUAGAUUACCACAUAUAUUAUCAGAGCAUGAAGAUAGCAAUGUUAAUGAAGAAGUAGAUAAUCAUGCACUAACUAACAGCAAUAAAUUGAUUGAAUUACUUCAAAAAAAGAAGGUUCUAAAUGAAAAGGUUCUUUCAUUGGAAAGUGCAGACAAAAUAUUAUGUUGUAGAAUUCAAUAUAAAAAAGCAGCAGAUGAAAGAUUACAUAAUCUAACAGCAGCUGUUGAUACUUUGACACUUGAAGAGCAAAAUGCAAGUGGCAAGUCAAGGGUCAAUAAAUCAUUACAUUACUUUGAACGGCAAAGAGAUUCCCUGAAAAUACAGAUGGAAACAAUUUGGGAAGAAUUGUGCCUAAUAGAGACAGAAAUACAAAAACUGAAUACAGAAAUGAAGUUAAAGAAAUUUGAAAAAUUGAAAGAUACAAUUGCACUACGAACUUGUGAAAUAGAAAGGUCUAGAUUACAACAGCAAUAUGAACAUGCGAAAAAAGUAAGUAAUCUUCAACAAUGUGAAAUAGAGUCUCAUAAUUCAAUGAUUAAAAUGAUGAGUACAACAUUACAAAAUUAUUAUAACAUGAUGAGAGGAUAUGGAACAAUGACUGACACGAUGAAAGAAGAAUUUAAACAGUUAAUUAAGUUAUUGGAAGGAGUAAGAAAUAUCAAAUGGUCAGAUAUGGAAACAAUCAAUCACGAGGAACGCUUUUAUAGCUUGACAUGUCUUAGUGUGACUCAUUUGAAAGAUCCCCUUAAUAAUAAAAUACCUAUAUAUGUGUUCAAUUCUCUGGAUGCUCAAAACCAAAAUAAUUGUACUAAAGAUGUAUUAAAUGCAACUUUCGAUGCAUCAUGUUCAGAUACAGAGAAAGUGUUCGAUGCACAUAACAUAACUAUUACAUUACAAGGGAAUUCAAAUAUAAAUUGUAAGAAUGAUAUAAAAGACAUAACGCGAAGUACCCAAGAAAAAUACGAUAAUGUAAAUUGUAUACAAGAAAAUGUUAAGAAGCGUGUUCUCUCAGACAAAAAUAAUGUAAAUGUAAUAAAGACGCCUGUUAAACAAGCAAAGAAGGUAUCCCCAAAAUGUAAUGGUGGUACGCUGUGUACAAUAGGAACCAAAGAUAAAGAAAAUAAGAAACAUACACAAAAAUCACAUAUAACAAUGAGUUCUAAAAGUAUAGCCAUACUAAAUAAAUUGAAAGCAGAUAAACUCAAAAAAGACAAUCUUGAUAUGGAUCUAUCAGAUGGAAGCUUGAAACUGGUAAGGGAGAAAGAAAGAAGAGCAUUAAUGACAACACAUCCAUAUCAAAAGCCAAAUGGUAAACAAAAAUUCACACCAGCUUUGCCUUCAUCGCGAGUUCCAUGGUAG